AGGAAAAGAACUAAUGGGGUUUGAAAUGAAACUUGGUUGGGGUAAAAGUGUCCCUAUACCGUUGUAUCCGAUCUACAUUCCUCCUGCACUCCUUGAAUUAAUCAAGCCACCUCCUCCCAGCGGUCUACCUUUUAAUGCUCAGCCAAGGGAAUGGCUGAAGUCUUUACGUUUGGCCAUCAAGGAGCGUGCCAAACUGGUGACUGAUGGCACUGAUUCGGAUACUUCCAUUCCGCCUGGUCCUGACCGCAAGCCAUUCGAUAUCAGCAAGAUGGGCAGAGAUGAACUGAAUGAGGUUCUGAAGGACGCUGUCGUUAAAGUGGUCAUACCUAGUGACAGGUCUGUGCUCGCCUUGAUCCACCGGUUGAUUGAAUUUGUCGUUCUCGAAGGACCUCAGUUUGAGGCCGCGAUCAUGCAUCGUGAGCAGAAUAACCCCCAGUUUAAGUUUCUUUUUGAUUAUCAAUCUUCGGAACACGCCUACUACCGCUGGAAGCUUUGGUCCAUACUGCACGGCGAAAGUGUUAACAAUUGGCGGACAGACGAGUUUCGCAUGUUUGAAUGCGGCCCACUUUGGCGCCCACCACCCAUGAACCUGUUCUCAGGUGGCAUGCCUGAAGAUCUUGUUGAAGAGGACGAUUAUCCUUACGCACCCGGCUAUGUACCUCCUCCUCAGGCCAGACGCCACCGAGAUGCAGAUGUCAUGUUUGAUGAGAUGUAUUCAGAAGCAAUGGCUGCAUCACGACGAUGUGGCCUUACAGAGGCCCAGCGAGGCCGUUUCACUCAGAUGCUGAUUGAUCUGGAACCAUCCAGGAGCAAUAUCGGUGACGUCAUGGUUUGGUGCCUGGAACACGCAGAUUCAGCUGCAGAUAUUGCCUGUUGCGUCGUGGAGUCUUUGUCUCCGAACUGUCCCUUCCUGAAAACUGAGACCGCUGAGAAAACUGAUGCCACUAAGAUAGACGAACCCGAUGUUACAUCCGACGAGAAAACGGAAGCUCACUCCCCCAUUUCAAAAAUUAUCGCGCGGCUGUUUCUCAUCUCGGACAUUCUCUACAAUUCGUCCGCUAAGGUUCCAAACGCUUCCUACUUCAGAAAAUGUUUUCAGGAUCUCUUGCCUGGUGUUUUUACCAAUCUGCACGCCACUUACAAGAAUGUUGAAGGGAAGCUAAAGGCGGAACAGCUAAAGCAAAAAGUUAUGCUUUGUUUCCGAGCCUGGGAAGAUUGGGCCGUUUAUCCCAACGACUAUCUAAUCAGACUGCAAAACAUAUUUCUCGGUCUUGUGAGCCAAGAUGAUGAUGAUGCCGACUUAUCUGGAGUCCCAUUGGACUACGAUCCUUCCGGAGGAUUAGAGAUUCCGGGGAAGCGGUUUAAUGCAACGGAUUCAAACGUUGAGAUCUUGGAGGCCCAGCCGCUUGUGCAAUACGACGGCGAUCCCUUAGAUGUUGACGGAAGUCCGUUGGGUGCCGACGAGCCCCCGGAAAAAAGCAUUGCUUCUCGUCCCCCAACACAAACUGUGCCCAAACCAGUGUCUACAAUGGCUUCAGAUUCCAGCGCAAGUCGGCUGUUCGUCCCUAGCAAGUGGGAGACAGUGGAUCCCGAAACGGUCGAGGCAGAAGCGGUUACCACUACCAGCCGAUGGGAGCUGUUAGUGGACUCCACUCCGCAACAUUCAACGUCUCCUGGCUCUGCCCGGACCACAAACGACAGGAAGGAAACGACCAGCUGGAGGCAGAAUUCAAAUGCUGCCGACGAUGAUGAUCUGGACGGCCAACCUCUGAUUGGCCUUGUGGCGUACGAUGAUGAAGAUGCAGCCAGCAGUGUAUCCAGCGAACCAGACUCCAUCCCGCUUCCAUCAUCGGCCCCACCGCCAUUACCCUCCACCACCGUUGCUGAUUCUUCGUUGAAACAGGAGUCCUCGGUCGGAACGAGUUCAGUACCAACAAACACACUUUCCGAAGAACGCCGUGCACGGUUACGAGACAUUGAACUGAAGGUGUUGAGAUAUCAAGAUGAGUUAGAAUCAAGUCGCAAAGGAGACAAAUCAAUAACAGAAGAGGCUAUCAAUAAGCAAAUACAAAGGUAUCGAGAACGGCUGCUUGAACGACUAAACGAAGAUGCUGCCGUUAGCCCGGUGCCUUCCAAAUCACAUUCUACGCAUUCGAAAUCACGAAGUUCGAAGUCCUCCAAGGGUGGAUCGUCCUCGUUAUCUGCCAAUCUCAAGCAGUCGCUCAACGAAUCGUCGAUUUCUCCUCCGUCUCGUCGGGAUUCACGUGACCGCUCUCCUCCACGAUCAUUCCGCGAACGAGAUCGUGUGCGUCGACGAGCACCAUCUCCCAACAGCCCUCUAGCGGUGAUAGAUUCUUAUGACAGUCCUUCAUAUCGUGUCCAGCAAUCUGGAAACUACGGCUCUCCUUACAUACGUUCACGCAUGAGCACCAGUGGUUGGGAUCAAGAUAACGACGAUUUCGAACGGCGAUCCCGAGGUAACUCAAUCAGAACUAGUUUACCUCGUGAAGAUUUGGAAGAGGGUGAAGCCAGCGACGAGGAGGAUUCUGGCUUUAUGUACGCGCAACUCGCAUCCCGAAGAAAACAUGGUGUCGAUGACAAACAGUCUCCGAGCCUUAGACACUUCCGGAAAAGACAGCGAUCUCACUCUCCCGAUUCUCCGGAUGCCCGACAGCAUUCCUAUCGGUCCCGAACACCGUCACCCAGUCGUAAGCGAUCGGGUGUUUCACUCAGCACCAACAACAGUGGACACAAGCGAAAGCUAUGAUUUUCAAUGUAUUAACGCCCAUUCAUUUGCUGCCGCCGUCACCUGUUAGAACUUUUGUACAGUCUUCAUUUGCUUCCGUUUCUCCAUUACUUUUCAUCUAAUCGUUCACCUCUUUCAAAUGCUUGCUCUAGGCUGCAUUUUUAAUGCGUUUCCUCACUGCUUUUGUCACCUUAUCAAAUGAACACCGGGGAACCACCCCCGGUUAUUGUAAAAUAGUGUCGCCUAAAAUCGUGGAUAUACUCACCCAU